AUGGCAACGAUUAUGCUCGGGGAGGAGCCUCGUCUCGGCAGCACCCCUUUGGCCAUGCUGGCUGCCACCUGCAGCAGGAUUGGGGAGCCCACACCCUCGUGUUUAUCUGAUGGAGCGCCCGGACUGGCCAAAGGCUUUCAGCCCUGGAAACUGAGCGCUCCUGGCAGCAGCAACUUGGGCACCUGCAUGAACUCAAUCUCACCCGGGACCCCCAAAAAUAACAACACGGGCCUCGCGAAUUGCAGUGCCUUUUCAUCCACCAGCACAACAGUUGGACAUGAAUAUGGCGGGUAUCACGGGCCUCUGGCUCCUGGGGGAAGUGUCCCAGACGCAGCACACUCGCAGAGGCCUCUGUUUUGGACUAAGUUCUCACAGGGUGUUGAAAGUCUCGGGAGUGUUUAUCCAAGGGUGCACGCGCAUCCAUAUGAGUCGUGGUUCAAGACUGUUGGAGAGGCCCCGAAUGGGCAUGCGCCUUGGUGGGAGAUGGGCCCCGGGUGGGUGGACACACCAAGCCCGAGCGGCUACGGCUCUGAGUACAUCCCGCUGUCACACUCCAACUUCAGCUCUGGCGCCUCUCAGUCCAUCCUGCCCGGGCCACAGCCUUUGUUUGACAGCCUCAGACCCGGCCCUGCUUUUACAGAGUCCAGCUGUGCUUCUCUGAGCGCGGGUCCCGUGCUGCCUGCACCCGCUGCGCCUCGGUCCUCCUCCCGCCGCUACACAGGACGUGCAACAUGCGACUGUCCAAACUGCCAGGAGGCGGAGAGCCUGGGACCAGGGGCCACGAGCCCGCGCCGCAGGGGGCUCCAUAGCUGCCACAUCCCAGGCUGCGGGAAAGUGUACGGAAAGACGUCCCAUCUAAAGGCGCACCUGCGCUGGCACACCGGGGAGCGGCCCUUCGUCUGUAACUGGCUUUUCUGUGGGAAGAGGUUUACGCGCUCGGACGAACUGCAGCGGCACCUGCGCACACACACGGGCGAGAAGCGCUUCGAGUGCGUCACUUGCCACAAGCGCUUCAUGCGCUCCGACCACCUGAGCAAACACGUGAAGACCCACAGCCCGGAGGAGGGCGCGGAGCACGGCUUCAGUAAAAGCACCAGUGACACGGACAACAGUGCGUGCGGCAGCCCGGGACUGUGCGCGGAGCAGCGCCUGCUGGACUUGAACCAGAGCACAGGAUCUGAGGCCAGUGUGGAGUAG